UGCGUCAUUUCGUCAUUUUUUGUGAAAUCAAAACAGUAAAUGAAGAUGGAUUUUUGAAUUUCGAUAUUUCGAAUUAUUGUUACAGAAUUUCGCGGUAAUGCUUCUUUUGUUUGCGAGUCCGUCGGGCAAAACAUGACGAAUAAUUUUCGCGAAGAAGAUUUAAUCAAAAUCUGCAUCGAAUUACUCUCGCAAUUAACAUCUCCGGCGAAAAAUGCCACCGCCGAUGAACCGCCGGUAAACGAUUUCGAUGGAGUAAUUCAAUCAAACUUGCUGAACGUUCGGAAUUCUUUUACGUUUAAAAAUUUAAAAAUCGAAGAUGGUGCGGAAUUUUCUUGGAUUAUUAAUGAUACCAGAAGCCGCAGCAGGUGGCAUUUCGUAUGCACUGUGUUACAACUAUUGAAAACUAUACGUAACACAUUACAAAACACUCGAGAUGAGAAAGCAAAAUUAUUGAGUGUUUCGCAAAAGAAAACAUUGGAGAGUAGCUUCCAAUUCAUACUGUCUUUGGCUCUUCUUCCAUAUUUGUUUCCUGGGGUUGGAGUAUCACCAGAAGCGAAAUGUAAACAUAUCAACGAUCUCGCAUCUGAAGACUUGAAAGAUUUCGCUAAAUACAGAAGAUUAUGCUUCGUCAUAGAUAGCAUUCUGCACUUGAAAGAAAGCGAUACCUUUCAUGAAAUAAUCACUUCGAAGUAUCUCGAAGAUGUUCUAGCUGCUCUGUUUCAAUUAGCUUUUGCGCCGGUGAAGAAACCAACCACGCAAGAUACUACUUUUAGGGGUUUAGAUCACGUUGACGAUGAUUUUGAAGUAUUGGAAAUGUCGUCAGAUUUGUGGAAUGUGUUGCAGUCGAAUAAGAAGAAAUACGCGAGUAAUUUGUUGACCAUUCAAAAAAAUACUUAUCGUCCAUUGAUGAUUAGGAAAUACUUAGUGUUGCUCAAAGCUGAAAAAACAGCUCGAUGGAUGAUGCAACCUUUGACGAAAAUGUUGACUGAUAUCAUCUUGGAAGAUGGAGGCGUUGUAGCUUUAAUCCGAGCGAUUGUCGAAGUCGAUUCUGAUUCACCACUUCAGUGGUCUCAUUGUGAUGUAGUUGCUCGACUAAUUUCAAACACUGCGUUGAAUUUGGAUGACAGAAGUUUGAAGUUAUUUGUUCCUCAGAUUCUUAAUAUUUUACGAACCACUCGAAAACAACAGUACGAGCUUGUUUACGUCCAAGUGAUCAGUUUGGCUGUGAAGCAAAUGUUAGUAACGAAUCGUGCAACGACAAUGGAGAGAAUUUUGAACGGAAUUCUUUAUCCCUUGAAAGAAAUCCAGCUAGCCAAAGAAGAUCAAAUUAGCUCAUCUAUCGAAGAACUGUACAAUUUGUGUAUUCUACCGACCAAUACUUCUAGUGCUGUUCCAAUCGAUAUCAUAUUACCGGUUAUCUGCGUUUUAUUCAAGAUUCAUUGUAAAGUCAAAGAUAGCGUAUCUCAUUUAAAAUCAUCCGUCAGAGAGUUACUUGGUAAAUUUUUCUUGGAAGCGGAACAAGAUAAUGUGACCGCAGCGUUUGAUUGCAUCAUUUUCAACGAAUCGCGAACUGAAAUCGUCCAGGUCCCGAAGACGUUGAAAUUUAUGUUUUCUGCUAACGGAGGCGUUUCUACUGUCGAAGAAAAAUCAGAUGAUGGUCAAGUGGAAGAUGGGAUCGUAUUGUUGGAUUUGAUUAAAAAUUUACAAAAUAAUGAUCGAACGGUGAACGCGUUGUUCAUAUACUUGCUACGAAAAUUCAUCACAUUGGAUAGCGAAAAUCAUGGAGAGAAACGUCUCGUGACCAUGCUUCUGUUGACGGAUUUAUCUCAAAAUCAAACCACUUUGAAGCAAAUUUUGAAGAACUCCGAAAACAUAAUUCAGUUCAUUAAAGACUUGCUAACGAUGAAUACGAAACUAGAAUCGAAUUACGAUAUUGUCUGCGUGUGUUUAACGUUUCUCACAAUGGUUUUGUACGAUUUGAAAAGAAAAAAAGACGUGAAUUGGAAACCCUUCGAUGAAUUACGAACACCUUUGGAGGCUUUGAAGAAAUGCGACUCUGCCGAAGUGAAAUUAUUAGCCGAUGAGGUUUAUAAUCUGAUUCUGACUCGCUCCUUAAUUGGCUCAACUGAAGGUUCAGAUGAUAAAAAACUCGUUGAAGAGAUUCCCAGCGCUUGUGAAAAAGCAUUUGAAGAUGCGUGCGAUGAAUUGUUACCUGUUCGAGCUCAUGGUAUCAUGGAACUAAUAUCGUUACUAAACAAAGGAGAUGACGAAACCUUGGCCAAAAUUGAUAAAAUACUAUGCCUAUUCCAAGAAAAUAUGAAAGAUGCGGAUAGCUACCUAUAUCUGCGAGCUAUAGAAGGACUUUCAACCAUCGCUCUCUUGAAACCUGAUAAAAUCCUAUCGUUUUUAUGCGAAGAAUUCACCUCCUGUGAUAAUGCAGAAACGCAGCUUAAAUUGGGAGAGAUUUUAAUGCGAACUGUGAAGCUAUUAAUGGAUUUCGUUCCGAAGUAUAAGCAUUUGUUAGUGAACUGCUUUUUGAACGGUGCGAAGAAUCCGGAUCACCUUAUUCGAGCGUCUAGUUUAUCGAAUCUAGGAGAAGUAUGCUUCAUGUUGAAAUUCAAUAUCGACGAUGUGAUAUACGAGAUUUUGUACUGUGCUAGAAAUAUCGCAUUAAAUGAUUCGAAUCCGGAAGCAAGACGAGCUGCGGUUUUCCUCAUCUCAUCUCUUCUUCGAGGAUUAGAAACACACAUGUUUAAAGUUUUAGAACCGGUACUUCUGGAUUUAUAUAAAACGUUACAAAAAAUACACUCAUGCGAUGAAGAUGAGGUGACUCGAGUACAUGCCAAGGUCUCUUUGGACGUUUUGAACGAUAAUACGAAACAAUUCUUCAAUCCGAAAUCGAGUUUUGAAAAGCAAAUACGUAUUUUGGAUCCAUUUUGAUGACUGAAUCUUCGAAAUGAUGUGCAUCGAAUCUCACUUCUUAGUUCAUACCAUAGUAGCUGGCGUCAGAGAAAUUAUAUCAGUGAACUUGAAGCAUAACUGACUAAAAUUGAUGCCAUAUGGUAGGAUGCAAAAUAUUAUUCACAUUCAUCAAGACUUCUACUAGAGCCAUCGCCUCCGACCAGACUGCUUUCAUCUCAUCUACGUGUUCUUCUACAUCCUGUAUUGUUCGGGUUUCAACAGACUGCUGCUGUUUCAUCUCUUGAAAAACAAAUUUUCUCCACACAUACUCUCAUCAAUGGGAUUGGAAUCUUCAACAUCUGAACCCCGAGAUCUCUACUGAAUGAGGUAGGUGACCUAGUAGAUACCUGAGAAUUAAUUGAAGUUUAUUAGUUUUUCUGCGUGGGGAGGAUACAAUAUUUGUGUGACAUAAUUAUGCAUAUAAAAUAUUAAUAUGUGAUUAUAAUAUUGAUGUGUAAAGAAGUUGAAAUUAUGGAGAAGGCAACAUUUUUAUAGGCCAAGUGAUUGCUUCGGUUAUAAUCAAGGUUUAAAAUCGACAUUUUUUUACUUCAUUGUUUUAAAAAUACUAAAGGUUUGCAAAUUAAUUGAGUUUUAAUAAUUUUUGAAAAUGAGAAUUGAAAAUUUGAUUAAAUUAAUAAUUAAUACCCUCAUAAAGAAUCCAAAUAAAACAUUUUCAGAUCUUCCGCUAAGAGUUCAUUAUGAAUAUGAUUAUUUUCAUCAUAGACAAUGAAUUUUUUGCGAUGGAUAUACUUUGAGGGAAACUUCUAUCACUUUUGAUUUUGAAAUUGAUGAUAUACCUACAUUUAUUUAGAAUUGAAGAAGUUGAGAACACUUGUUUGAUUAAUCUUUAAUAAAUCCUGGUAGGUAGUAGGAUCAAAUAAAAAUUAAAUUUACUUACUUGAAAUCAACAAUUCCUGUGUUGAGAUUAUGCUGUUUUUGGCCUGACUAUGUGUCUGUCCAAUUUCCACUGCUCCUUCACAAGUACAUUGGCAGUGAAGACAACUCACCUGAUCAUUGGGCCAACCCCAGAUGAUAUGCAGCCAUUGAUUAAACGGCUGUUGCUGUGCUAUACAGUUCUACUGGCAAGGCAUUGUUGGUAGCAGUCACUGCACAACACCAAAUGGUUAGGAAUUUGGUUUUGAGAUGGACCUGCUGAACCUCUUUCUGCAAUCAGGAAGUCAGCCUAUUUCUUAGUGGCAUAUUUUUUACUAUUUCAUCCAGUUUGUUGAAAAGCUCUAAAAUUAAAGUAAAAAUUGGAAGGAUGUUUUGAAAUUCUUUGCAUAUAAAACGGCAGUAAUUUUUAAUUUUUUCUUGUUCCAAGCACUUUCUGUCAGUUGCUUCAGCUCUGCUGAGAUUAAAGAAGCAAACUGAUCUUCAAUACUGGUAGCAGCCUUCUCUUUCCUUACACUGAUCUUCUCAUUGUAAUAUUGCCUCACUUGAGCAGUGAGUGCUGAAAAUUCUUGAUCCACAGAAUCAAGCUUCUUUAUCUUCUUAAACUUUCCUACACAAGAAAUAAUAGAAAUUUCAAGUAUAUUUUUAAAGAACACAUAACAAAAUCAUAUUUCAAUGCCUUUCUCAAAACUUUAAUUUUAAAAAAUUGCAUUUUUGUUACAUUCAAGAAAGGUUCUCGACCUGACACAGUUUAAAUCAAAACAAAGUUUACUUUUGGAAUAUAAUGUCUAUGGUGACAGUAGGACAAUACUCAUCAUCCAGCCAACAUUGCAUCUCCUGGUCAAGUUGUUGUUCUUCUAGACUACAUGGACAAACGACAAAGUUGGUGUUUUUCACUACAUUUUUGCCAUGUUUAGGUGAAAAUCGAAUUCAUCAUUUAAAUUAUCAGUGGGAACACCUGAACAAAUAACACGUUGUUUUACUUUUUGAUUGGGGUUCUUUAUACAGAAUCUUUUGUGGUGUAACAAAGAACGUAGUUUAUUAUUAGGUGUUUUACAAAACCUACAUUCCUGUUUUCGUUGCUUACAAAGUGAUUUAUGAUGAGCUAUAUUUGUUUUCGAAAUAUUUAUAUUACAAUAAUGACAAGGUACCUUAGAUUGUACAAAUAUAAUAUACAGGCAGAUAAAUUACACAAUUGCAUAGUUUAAAAAUGGCGAAUCGGAAUCGUAAUAUUAUAUUAUGCAGAAUCCAUGUCUCUAGCCUAAAGGCUGUACAUGGUGUGGUUAAAUAAAUUUAAAAAAAAAAAAAUUUCUUACUUAUGAGUGGUCUUUGAACAUUUUUUCAUAUGAUUAUAAAUGCCAAGAGACGAAUAGGAAUUAUUACAAAACUUACAAAUAACACGUUGUUUUACUUUUUGAUUGGGGUUCUUUAUACAGAAUCUUUUGUGGUGUAACAAAGAACGUAGUUUAUUAUUAGGUGUUUUACAAAACCUACAUUCCUGUUUUCGUUGCUUACAAAGUGAUUUAUGAUGAGCUAUAUUUGUUUUCGAAAUAUUUAUAUUACAAUAAUGACAAGGUACCUUAGAUUGUACAAAAAAAUGUCACGUAAUCUAGCAAAAAAUUGUAGAAUUUUGCGAAAAAAUUUUAAAUUAAAUAAAAAAAGGAAGAAAAAAAGUCAGCAAAAUGAAAAUAUUUAUACCUAUCUAGAAAAAAAAAACACCAAUAAAAAAAAUAAAAACAGAAUAGACCAAAUAAACGCUUCCAUUGGCAUAUCUGUAAAACAAAAGGAAAAUUAUACAGGCAGAUAAAUUACACAAUUGCAUAGUUUAAAAAUGACGAACAAUCAUUUUAUUGACUGAUGAAUGGCUCGGAAAUAAUUUAUUGGUUGACGAAUGGUUUUGGAGUAAAUGUCAACAGAUAUUGAGAAAGAAUGAUUUAUUGAAGUUUUUAAGUUGACAAUUUUAUAAUAUUAUAAUAUCGCUUUUGAAAAAAAAAAGAAACUAGUUUUUUGCACCAGUCCACCAUUUGGACAAUUUUGAGCAAAAUGCCCAAAAUCUCCACACCCAAAACAUCUUGCCUUCUUCAAGACAUUUUUCUUCUUCUGGUGUGUUUUCUUAAUCCGGCCUUCUCUAGGCCUAAUGAAUAAAGCUUGAGGUGGUUGAGACUGAGGUUUCACUUCUUUAGUAGAGCCAUUACCUCUCAAGUUGGCUUCCUCUUGUAACAACUACUUGCUGAGUAACACACGUAGCAAAUCUAGUUUUUGUUAUUUCAUCUCCAACAAGCUUUCUCGAAACCUCCUACCAUCAGAAUAAAAAUUAAAAGAAAGAUAGCGUCAUUCGUCAUUAAUUUUGGUAGGUCUAUUGAGUGGCCUUAAACUAUAAGAUAGAAAUUACACAAGAUUUGAAAAUUAAAUUAAUUAAAUUAUUAAUAAAAUUCGCACAGAAAAUAUUAACACUGAAUGAAAUUGAAAUAAAUCUGAGACAUUUUUUUCAGUCUUUUAGUUGAUUUUUGAUCUUUAAUUAAUUAUUCAAUAAUGAAAAGGAAGUUAAAAUAAAUUAAGAAAAUUUAAUAUUUUAUUUCUAUUUAUUUUCAUUAUAAAAAAUUUAAUGAAUUUAUAAUUAAAUAUGGUUGAAUACAAUAAUAUUAUUGAUAAAAUGAGUUGAUUAAUAAAGAAAAUAAAAAUUUUGCAAUCAAGUAAUUAAAAAUGUUGUAAUCAGCCCUAAAUAAUUGAGUUAGUACCAUCUGAAGUAAUCUGCUGGAAUAUUUCGUCUUGACAUUUUUGUUUUGCCAUACUAAUGGCUUGUUUGUCACGCAAACACUCAUUACAGCUAAUUUGUGCCUGAUCAUCUAGUAUAACAUCAUUCAAAAUAUUCAAAUUACUUAAGAAUGUUUAAGAUAUCCAUAAUGAAUUGAACACAAAAGCAAUGAUAUAUUGAUGAUACCUAUUUAUCGUUAAUAAUAAAUUAAGUAAACAAUUUCAGUUUUAAAUGGAAUGGCAUGCAUCCAUUCCAUUUUCAUAAUUAUCAAAUUCAAAAACUUAGGUUUGGCGAGCAAAGCGCAUUGGGAAUGGGAACUCACCAAUUUCACCCAACAAGACCUUAAUGCCAACUUUAAGCGUGAUAGGUAUUAAAAAAAAAAUACCAUAACUUGUGUAACUCACAUAUCUUGCAUGCCAAAUUUCAAGAAUAGCUACCCGAUUUUGAAUAAUUUUAAAAGAAACUUGUGUCAGAAAUUCAACUUUGCCAAUUGUCUUACUAGAGAGACUUCAACUGGCGAAGGGCAAAACUAAACUGGAUGAUUUCGUAAGGAUUUUAUGGUUUGCUGUUUAAUUUUAUGGGUGAAUUUAUUUGUGAUCUAAGCUGAGCUUCAUUAAGUGAUUGUGGUUUAUUCAUCAUCAUCCCAUAAUCAACAGCUUGCUAAGCGAGUUGUGUGUUAUGCUCGAGCUGAUUAACGAAUUUAUUCACAUUUGAGUCGAUUCUGGAGGCGAAACAGAGUGGGUUUUUGACCAGCUUUUUUUUUUCAAAAUAAGAAUAUCCCAAAAAUCAAAAAUUUCUCUGCAUAAACACGUACAAUGUGAUUAAAUCAUUGUUGUUUAAAUUAUUGCGCGUAUGUGUAGAGAACUCUUGCUCGAACAUCUGUAGAAUGAUGAAUGGAAUUGUAGUUUGAAAUAAAUAAAUAUCACGAAUUCA